UUAUUGCAGUCUAUUUAUGCUAUGAGAAAAUUUAUAGUAAAUUUUUGACAAAAGCAGAAGAAAAUUUGGGGCGUUUUGGCAAGUCAGUUAAUGAUAUUAUUGAAAAGUUAAAAAGGCAUAAAGAAGGCAGUUUAAAUAAAUCAGUUUCAUUAUACCAAGUUGGAAGUCAUAAAUAUAGUUAUAAUAGCUUGGAUGAAAGUAGACAAGAGGAUGUUUAUUUGUUGUUUAAAACUAAUCAGGAGAAUAAAUGA